AUGGACUCGAUGCGCAGCCUCAACAAGUCUCUGCCCAAAACAAGACGGCAGCCCGAUGUGCACCAGUCGUUCCGUACCGCGGCGUUGAACGUCACGAACCUGUACAAGUCGGCGCUUGCCGACCUCGACAGGGCCCGCACCGACGGUUACCAAGAAGCUCUGGACGACCUGCUCGCCUUUCUGGACAAGGAGAACAUGGGUGUAGGAGACGGAGAGGGCUGGCGGAUACGGCAGUGGGCGACGGAGCGAUUCGAUGGAAGCUUGCCGAAGCAGUCGAGCAGCGACAGCGACGAAGAAUACCUGGACAACAACCGUGCCAGGAGCUCCUCACCCAUCAUGGAUCGAAACCCCACCAUGGAAGACUCGUGUACGCUGGAUCCAACAACGGUUACGGAGCAACGAUGCGACUCUGCGCCGCCGCUUCAGAUGGAGGCCUCUACUACAGAGGCUGACAUGUCGCCGCUACAUCACGUUUUUGAAUUCUCUGCCGCUCAAGCCUUCCCAUCUGAACCACCAAACGAAACUGCCUCAGCCGAUAUGUCAGCUGCCGCUCGUCGUGCCUUCUCUACGCCCCGCCGUCCUUCGAAUCGCUCGUCUACCCGAAACCUCCAACGAUCCGCCGCCCAGAACCUUUUCCAGCUAGGCACUGGUGCGGGACAAAAGAGACGACUCAUGAACGACUUCUUCAACGUCGACGGCUUCAACGACCGACGAGACGGCUCAUCAGGCGGUGGACCUAAGCGCGGACGCAUGUCAUAG